AUGGUCUUCCUCCCCAAGCCCGGCGACGCUCACGUCCUCGACCUGUUCAGUCUAAAAGGCCAAGUCGCCGUAGUUACAGGCGGCAACCGCGGCAUCGGCCUCGAAGUCGUCAAAGCCUUGGCCGAAGCAGGCGCAUCCGUCGCCAUCAUCUACCGGAGCUCCAGUUCCGCCCAUGAAAUAGCAUCUCAACUAUCGUCCCAACACGGCACCACCAUCCGCGCAUAUCAAUGCGACGUCAGCGAUGAAUCCGCCGUCGACAAGGUCUUUGAUGAAGUUGUCAAGGACUUUUCCAAAAUUGACAUCCUGGUCGCCAACGCUGGGAUAUGCUAUAAUGUGGCCGCCGAGGAUAUGACAACGCAGCAAUUCCGAUCGGAGAUGGGCGUCAACUUCGACGGGCCGUGGUUCUGCGCGCGUAGUGCGAGUCGGUACUUCAAGAAGCAAGGGUCUGGAAAUGUCAUUUUCACGACGAGCAUCAGCGGGAUGAUUGUGAAUAUCCCGGAUAAGCAGGCUAUUUACAAUGCAUCGAAGGCCGGUCUGAUUCAUCUUGUGAAGAGUCUGGCGAUAGAAUGGAUCGACUUUGCCCGGGUGAACUGCGUUAGUCCGGGGUAUAUCGCCACUGAUAUGUUGAUGGCGGAACCUCAGGAGCUGAGAGAUAAGUGGGUUGCCCUUACGCCGGCGAAGAGGAUGGGCGAGACAUAUGAGUUGAAAGGGGCGUUUCUCUUCUGUGCGUCAAAUGCGUCCAGCUUCAUGACUGGCGCAAAUAUUGUUGUUGAUGGUGCGUAUACGAUUCCGUAGAAACCCCAUGCAAGGCCCAGGCUCGAGCAUGAAGCAUCCGGUGGCAUCACAU